AUGACGAACCAGAGUUUUCGCGUGCGCACGAACAACAAUGUGGGAGAGCGAAACAAUAAGAUCGCGAAGAUGAAGACGAGGGACCCGUUAAUCCCGAACGAGUGGAUUGUGUACAACAAGACAUUGGUCUGCACGUAUGCUGGAAAAUACAAGCCGCGAGGAAAAGGCAAGCGACCGCGUCAAGAAGUGAGAACCACACAGUGCGGUGCGCAGGUAUGCAUUAGACAUGAGCUCAAUAACGUAGGUGGGCUCAGGUGGGCUCAGGUGGGUUCAUUCGAGCUUUAG